UGUAGAGAGACAGACAAAAGGAGAUAAGGCUUUAAAAUCCUCUCACCUCUUCCCUCGUUUCUCUUCUAAGCUUAUCAGCGAAAGUAGCGAUUUUUCUCUCCCUUUAGUUUUUUUUUUCUGGGAGAGUUCAUUCUCAGAGCAAGGGCGAGAACCCAAAGGUGACAGUUUUUUUAGCCACUGUGAAGAUGGCUACGGUUACUCCUUCCUCUAUCAGCAAAGCGUGGCUCAUUCCCGGUGCCUCUUUUACUGUAAAGAAGAAUGAUUGUUCCAUCAAAUGUUGCUUCUCGCGCAAAUCUAGCAAACAGAUACCAUCAUCAACUCAAAGACUCGUUCUUCCUCUUUCAACUUCGCUUAAACUGUUUCCUACUCAUGGAAGGCAGUUUGUGUUGCAUCCUCAUCGUAGCAGAGCCACCACAGGUACUGAUGUCGUCGCGGCUGUAGAGGGACAAGACUCUCCUCCUGUUGCGGAAACCGAUGCAAAUGACAAGUCAGAUGAUGCUCCUACUGCUGCUGCUACUACUACGACAUCUCAGUCAAGAGGAACAACAGCAAGACCCGGAAGGAAGAGCGAGAUGCCUGCGGUGAAGAACGAGGAGCUUGUUUCUGGUGCUACCUUCACUGGGAAAGUAAGAGCCAUCCAGCCCUUUGGUGCUUUCAUCGACUUUGGUGCUUUCACUGAUGGAUUAGUCCAUGUCUCUCAACUGAGCGACACCUUUGUUAAAGAUGUUGCGAGUGUUGUCACUAUUGGGCAAGAGGUGAAAGUAAGGCUUGUGGAAGCUGACAUUGAGGCUAAACGUAUUUCUCUCACUAUGCGUUCAAGUGACGAUCCUCCUAAACGCCAGCCCGGUGGUGGUGGUGGUGAUAAUAAGCCGAGGCCAGGAGGGAAAAGGAAUGCUUCAAAAGGAGGAGGAGGGGGUAAGAAGGAAGAUGGGUUCAGCUCAAAGUAUGUGAAAGGGCAGAUGUUGGAUGGAACGGUGAAGAACUUAACGAGGUCAGGAGCGUUUAUAACGAUUGGUGAAGGUGAAGAAGGGUUCUUACCUACGAAUGAGGAAGCAGAUGAUGGGAUUGGAAGCAUGAUGAUGGGUGGUGGGUCUUCGUUGCAAGCUGGACAAGAGGUCAAGGUUCGUGUGUUGAGGAUAGCGAGGGGACGUGUUACUUUGACGAUGAAAGAGGAAGAUGAUGGUAAGUUUGAUGAAACACUCAGUCAAGGAGUUGUGCAUACAGCCACGAAUCCGUUUGUGCUUGCUUUCCGUAAGAACGAGGAGAUUGCUGCGUUUCUUGACAAGAGGGAGGAAGAAGCUGAGAAACCAGUAGAGGCUGUGAAGGAAUCAGAAGAAGCUGAAGCAUCUGUCACCUCUGAAAAAGCUGAAGAAACAAGUGAAGAAGUGAUUGAGACCAAAGCUGAAGAUGAUUCGCAGGAGACAGAAACAGUUGCUGCAGUAACUGAAGUUGAGGAGGUGGAAACGCCUGAGCUUCCACCAGUUCCAGAAACUAAAAGUGAAGAGGAAGUUUCUGAGAACUCCAUUCCUCAAAGUUCAGCCACUGAUGAAGUUUCACCUUCAGAAGCUGUAGCAAGUGAAGUCGUUGAGAAGAAAGAGGAAGUACCUGUUGCUGAAACUGUACCUGAUGAAGUUUCAUCUUCAGAAGCUGUACUAAGUGAAGACGUUGAGAAGAAGGAGGAAGUGGUGGCCGAAGUACCUGUUGCUGAAACCGUACCUGAUGAAGUUUCACCUUCAGAAGAUGUAGCAAGUGAAGACGCUGAGAAGAAGGAGGAAGUGGUGGCCGAAGUACCUGUUGCUGAAGCCGAGACUCCUGCCCCUGUAGUCACAGAAGCUUCUUCUGAGGAAAGUGGCAUCAAAGCUGGCAUUUCACCGGCCUUAGUGAAGCAACUCAGAGAAGAAACAGGAGCAGGAAUGAUGGACUGCAAGAAUGCACUCUUGGAGAGCGAGGGCGAUAUGGUGAAAGCUCAAGAGUACCUCCGCAAGAAGGGACUAGCUAGCGCAGACAAGAAAGCCAGCAGAGCCACAGCCGAGGGGAGAAUCGGUUCGUAUAUCCAUGACAGCAGAAUCGGUGUCCUCUUGGAGGUUAAUUGCGAGACAGACUUUGUCUCACGCGGUGACAUUUUCAAGGAACUGGUUGAUGAUCUGGCGAUGCAGGUGGCUGCGUGCCCUCAAGUAGAGUACCUUGUACCUGAAGAUGUUUCCGAAGAAAUUGUGAAGAAGGAGAAAGAGAUAGAGAUGCAAAAGGAAGAUCUUCUGUCGAAACCGGAGCAGAUAAGGGAGAAGAUAGUGGAAGGUCGGAUAAAGAAGAGGGUAGACGCACUUGCAUUGCUGGAGCAACCAUACAUUAAAGACGAUAAGGUGAUAGUGAAGGACCUUGUGAAGCAGAGGAUUGCAACCAUUGGAGAAAACAUCAAGGUGAAGAGAUUCAUUAGGUACACUCUGGGAGAAGGCCUUGAGAAGAAAAGUCAGGACUUUGCUGCUGAGGUUGCUGCUCAAACCGCAGCUAAACCAAAAGCCGAACCAGAGAAAGAAGAGCCAAAAGCUGAAGAGCCCAAGGAAGCUGUUCCAAGUCCACCAACAGCAGUGGUUUCAGCUGGACUUGUGAAGCAGCUGCGUGAAGAAACAGGAGCAGGAAUGAUGGAUUGCAAGAAGGCAUUGGCGGAGACAGGAGGAGAUCUAGAGAAAGCACAAGAGUACCUGAGAAAGAAAGGUCUUUCAACAGCUGAUAAGAAAUCAAGCAGGCUUGCAGCUGAAGGGAGAAUCGGGUCAUACAUCCACGAUGCUCGCAUUGGAGUCCUCAUAGAAGUGAACUGCGAGACUGAUUUCGUGGGAAGAAGUGAAAAGUUCAAGGAACUGGUUGAUGAUCUUGCAAUGCAAGCAGUGGCUAAUCCACAGGUGCAAUAUGUAUCCAUCGAGGACAUUCCAGAGGAGAUAAAGCAGAAAGAAAAGGAGAUGGAGAUGCAGAGAGAGGAUCUUUUGUCGAAACCAGAGAACAUAAAGGAGAAAAUUGUUGAAGGAAGGAUCUCAAAGAGGCUGGGAGAAAUGGCAUUGCUUGAGCAGCCUUUCAUUAAAGAUGAUAGCGUUCUGGUAAAGGAUCUUGUGAAGCAGACGGUGGCUACUCUUGGUGAAAACAUCAAAGUCAGGAGGUUUGUUAAGUUUACUCUUGGAGAAGACAACUGAGGAUGGAUGGAAAAACAUAUAAGGAGUUCGUGAGUUUAAAGCAAAGUCUUACUCUUUUGUUUUGUAGACAAAAUCUUCAGUAUUCAAACCCCUUUUGAUUAGAGUUUUUAAUCAAAAAGCUGUAAACUUUUUUGGUUCAUGAAAAUAUGAGAUUGUUUUUCA